AUCCACCUCUUCCACCUUCAAAGAUCGCGCCCAGAUUUUCUCCUCCUGCGACUCCGCUUCCUCAACGCCAACCUUGUCUUCUUUUCUCCUCUUUUAGAAAUAGACACCGGAGAGUUGGAAGGGACCGGAGUUUUUGUUUGUAAUAAUGCAUAGCUUCAAAGCAGCUCCAGCUAACCCAGAACUCUAUUGCCACCCCUCUUUCUUUCUCAGAGGGGAUGACUGUAGCCGCAAUCAGACGCAUUUCCUGGAUUUUGGUGAGCUUGAUCAACACCCGGCUGCUGCUUUUCAUCACGAUGAUGCUGUUGAUUUAAGCCCAAGCUCCAUAUUCUGUUUAAAAUCGAGAAAUGUUGCUGUUCUUGCUAAUAACUUGCACUAUGGCGCCUUUAACACGAGCAUUGGGGCGACAGAGAUAAUUUCAAGCGGAACGGGGUGUUUGCACACAGGGCAGUUCAUGUACCAGAAGGGGACGACGAUUGGUGCCUCGUUGGGAAACGGGCAUAUUGAGAACUGGGGUGACUCGGGGCUUGUAGAUAAUAGCCAACAGACUGAAACUUCCACAGAUGUUGAUACUGAUGAUAAAAACCAGCUUCAUGGAAUUUGUCGUGGAUCUAUUACAGCUGUGGAUUCCUCGGAUCAAUCCAAGCAAAAAGCUAGUGAUCUGAAGACACUUCGUAGACUGGCUCAGAAUCGAGAAGCUGCAAGGAAGAGUAGAUUGAGGAAGAAAGCAUACCUCCAGCAGCUCGAGAAUGGUCGACUCAAGUUAACACAACUUGAACAAGAGCUUCAGAAAGCACGUCAGCAGGGUAUAUUUAUUGCAAGUGGUUUUUCAGGUGACCGAGCCCAUGUGGUGACUGGAAAUGGAGCAUUGGCUUUUGACAUGGAAUAUGCUCGCUGGCUUGAAGAACAUCAACGGCUGAUAAAUGACUUAAGAUCAGCUGUAAGUUCUCAGAUGGGAGAUAGUGAAUUGUGCCUUCUUGUUGAUGCUGUGAUGGCGCAUUAUGCUGAAGUAUUCAGGUUAAAGAGCAUUGGUACAAAGGCUGAUGUAUUUCACAUGCUUUCUGGCAUGUGGAAAACACCUGCAGAGAGAUGUUUCAUGUGGUUAGGUGGAUUUCGUUCAUCAGAAGUUCUCAAGAUCCUUGCAAACCACCUUGAACCUUUGACAGACCAGCAGUUGAUGGGCAUAUGUAAUCUACAGCAGUCAUCCCAACAGGCUGAAGAUGCUUUAUCUCAAGGAAUGGAGGCUUUGCAACAAUCUCUUGUGGACACACUUUCACCUGCCUCGUUGGGUCAAGCAGGAUCUAGAAAUGUUGCUGAUUACAUGGGCCAAAUGGCAAUUGCAAUGGGUAAGCUUGCCACUCUGGAGAACUUCCUUCACCAGGCUGACCUUUUGAGGCAUCAAACACUGCAACAAAUGCAUCGAAUUCUGACCACUAGACAAUCUGCUCGUGCGCUUCUAGUCAUCAAUGAUUAUACUUCUAGGCUCCGGACACUCAGCUCUCUAUGGUUAGCACGUCCUAGAGACUAAUAUGCUCACUUUCUACAGAUACUGGAACCAUUAAGCAGGUGAAAGCAUGGUACUAACUUUUCUGAGGUAUCCUCAUCUUAUUGCUGUUGCAAUUUUUCCAUGAUGUAGGACAACCCGUACCCUACUUAUUUGUCAACCAAAAUGGAUAUGUCAAGAAGAGCCUUGUAUAGUAUGUAGCUUAUGAGCAAUGUAUUCCAAGUAACUUAGCUUUAUGUAAGUAUGCAACUGAGUCAUAUCCUUCCAGGAAUUGAUUAGAUGUGCUAAUUACCUUAUAAUGCAAUACUGACCAUAUUAGGUUACUUAGUUCAGGAGGUUGAAUGAAUGAUCUUUUUCACG